AUGGAAAACGAACCAAUUCCAAUCGCUGCCUACCUCGAUCAAGAAGCAAAAGACUUGACGAACAAUCCAAUGUGCGGAAGCAAGACGUGCUCACGGAAGACGCUAUUCAAUUUGUUCUGCGUCAAUUUGCCUGUACCAACACAACCUCUGGUGAUACCGGGCUCAGCUGUGCCUCUGGUUAUAUUCAUGCUUCUAUUCUUCGAGGAAUGCUCACUCAGGAAGCUCCUGCUCCAGGAACGGCUCUCGUUGGUGCAGCAUCUACAUCUCAACCGGGUCCAUCAGUCCCGGCUCAACAUGCUCCAGGAACGGUCCUCGUUGGUGCAUUAUCUACAUAUCACCCAGUUAAUUGUGUGCAUUGACUGCUACAAAGAGUGUUACUUCAAGAACAUAGUUGAAGAGCUCAUCGCCAUCUUCGAUAAGUAUCGAGUCGCUGAUCUUCAGGACAGGACAACAGGACAAGUAGUGGUUCACUCUCCUAAGCCAAACGCCUCAUCAUCUUCAGAAGACACAGAAGUUGAGGGAAAGGACAACAAAAAAGAGGGAACUUCGGAAAUACGGAAGAGAAUCAAUACGUGGUGCCUCGACCAUGAAACCACCGAGGAUGCUUGGCUAGAUGACAAUAUUAUCAAGUUUUAUCUCGAAUUGAUGUGCUCCGAUCACAAUGAAUACAAGGUCAUUGACCCAACUCUAUGGCUGAUGUACAAAGCUCAUAAAGACGAUAGACUCUUGUGGAUUGAGCAACAUUUGAACCACGACAAGACCUGCUUUUUCCCAAUCUGUGAAGCAGGUCAUUGGAUACUUCUUAUAUUCAAUAAGACCAAAAUUUGGUAUGCGGAUUCAUCGUACGACGAGCCGAAGUGGAAAGUGAAAAUCUUGAUGAAGCUGAUGAACAGAACGCCUCUAAGUUUCGAUAUUCGGAACCCUAAGCAGCAGGACAAGGUCAACUGCGGAGUUCAUGUCUGUCUUGUUGUCAAGUCGAUAAGAAAAUACAAUGCCAGCUCUCGUCCUUGCUAUUCAAAUGUAUGUGGUGGUCACACGAAAAGCAACAAAAGAAGCGGCCAGAAUCAAAUUGGAGAAGGAAAUCAGGGAUCUUUCCGAGAAGUCAAUACUCCUAUGGCUGAAGAUGUGGCGCUCCCCGAUUUCGUGAAUGGAGAAGCUUCAUUGGCUAAUGGCCCCCAAUCGACUCUUCCGCCGGCCCUCUCCCAGAUGAUCCAAGCAAGGAUCAAAGAAAUCAAUCAACAAGUGAGUUUUCGUACACAGAAGGUUCAGAAAAAUAUAGAAACGUUUUUCAGCGCUUUGUUCCUCGUUUCCCCAAAACCAUUCGAUUGGAUUCAAUCCAACAAUGGGGUUCAAAGGGGAAGUGGCAUCCAAGUGUCAAACACAGAAGUUCGAGAGGAUCUUGAGGAACCUGAAGGAUCCGAGAAAAGGAGAUCGAUUGGAAUUCAAACUCCAUUCGUCAUUCGCACUGAAGAAAAGAAGAAGAACAUCGAGUACAUCGAUUGGGAGCAGUUGGAUGAAAACGACCAUAUGGCUCAAAUCGAGGAAAGACAAAAAGCCAUUGCAUCCAGAAGACGUGACAAUCGCCGCCGUCUUCAAGCUCAUCGUGGAGACGGAACUUUGGGAGACCCCAUCUUUGUUGGGUCGUCGGACACCGAAGACGAGGAGGCAGAAGAUGAGCAACAGGAGGACCCAGAAGGAGUUGACUCCGUAAAGGUCGAAGCUGAGAACUUUGUUGCGAGACUCCAAAUUGCCAAUCUGGAUUCUUCGAAGCUCAUCGAGAAGUUCAUUGCCGAUGUGUCCUCAAACGAAGUGAUUUUCAAAGUCUCCUGGAUUGUAUGGAAAUGUGUUCUUCUCUUCGCUAAUUGGCUCAAUGUGUCUUUUGGUUUUUUUUUGUAA